AUGCAGGUCGGCGACGAGUCUCCAGAGACUCUAGUGGAUGAUGCGAAGCCUUUUAGGAACUUGCGUAAGAGUAAUCGCAUUCACGAGACGCGCUCGGGACCGACGUUUAAUCCUACUGCUGAGCGUACCAAGAAGGAAGAGCACCCGGCUUCUCCUGCUUCGUCAUCGCCUCGGACCACAAGAAAGCGACUUGCUUCGCUUGUUGAUGUUGCUGAGAGGGAGGGCUGCGAUAGUCUGACUGACGAUAGACCUCCAAGUGCUACGUCUGCGACUGCUGGUGGAUCUCCAGACUACUCUGGUCACGUCUGUCUUUGCCAACCAGAGCCGAAGAUACCACGGCCACGAAAUGCAUUUAUCCUUUAUCGACAGCAUCACCAGCAGGCUAUUACUGCUCGCAACCCCGAUCUCAAUAACCCCGAUAUUUCCAAGAUAAUCGGUGAACAGUGGAAGGCUGAAGGUAAAGAACAGAAGAAGAUUUGGCAAGAUCUUGCGCAGGAAGAGAAAGCUAGGCAUCAGGAGCAGUACCCCGACUAUCGUUAUCAACCACGUCGUGUUGGUAAGCCUGGAUCGUCACCUUUGAACCCCACUGGUCAGCAUACUACAGUCGAUAAGUAUCGUUGCCACAAGUGUGGUGGUCGCAGUCUCAGAACACCUACCAGUCCUUUCCUCGACGCCUCUGGCACACCAACUCUGCCGCCUCCCAAUAUCUUGGAAGGUCUCACGCCAACAACCCGCUACUUGCCUGUGAUGAGUAACCUCAGCAUACAGUCGCCAGUCCUUCGCCGAGGUCCAGGUCCAUCAGGUCUCAGCAACAUCCAAGUAACCUCAGCGAUGCAUACAGACUCAAUGAUGUACAGUCCUCUAACGCCAAACAAGAAGCGCCGUUUCGAGUACGGGCCACCUCCGCCGACGAAUGGCGGCCGUAGACCGGAAGGACCGUACUAUGCCCCCACGCAGUAUGCUCAUCGGCGCGAGUCUUUACCACCUAUCCAUGUGCCGUCGCAUAGUGCGACCAUGCCCCCUCCACGAACUCCUCGUGAGGUCCGACAUCAUUCGAUGGUUGAACUGGGUCCUCUUCAACACGACGGGAGCCCUAGAAGUGUGGAGGAGGUGCUCAGUGCGUUUCCAUAUCUUAACAAAAUCAGGUUGCUCGGACGCAUAACGCCUCCUUACAAAGAACCUGGCUCGGCAAGUCCAUCAUGCCGAACUGUUCGCGGCGCUAUUAUUGCCAUCGAAGGCGACGACCUGGCUGCAGUCAAGGAACUCUCAGAAUGGCUCAACGUGCACCUCACCAAGCAAAUAGAGUACAAACCGCAGAUUGCCGAGCCGCCCCAACCCCCCAACGAUGAAGAUAAAGAAGUCACCUUUGAGAACUAUCUCGACUUAAUCAAAGAAUGGCACGGCAAGAGCAAGAAAAUGAUCAAGUACAUCACCACACCCAUCUCCUCCAGCGCUUCUCCCCCGAAGGACACAACCAUAUCCGACAAGUCCUCCACCAUCGCCGUCGCCACAUCCUCCAGCAAAGACUCCGCCAUACUACCUGACUCUCCCCUCAUCUCAACGAUAAUUAAACCCGUCAUCAUCCUCCCCACCUUCCAGCUCCAAGCCUCCGUCACAUACGCAUCUCGCAUCCCCAUCCAAGACGCGUACAGCCCGACAGACCACUGGCAGUGGAUGGUGACACUUUGGCGGGGAACCGUAGGGCCUGAUCUUACGCUUUAUGUGAAGAGUUUCGAUCCGAAGGAGGGGCAGACGGGGUGUAAACCCGAAAUGGAUGAUGAGGCUAGGUGUUUGACGGUUUGGAAGGGGAAAGAGGGGAGGUUUACUGAAGCGGAUCUGAGGAGGGUGGGGUUUGAGGUUGGGGAGUGGAUCAAAAGAUAG